CUGCCUGCCCGCGCGGCGGCGGCAGCGGUGGCGGCGGCAGUGGCAGCACAGCCCGUGGAAUGGAGCAGCGCCGGGGCUGAGCCGGGCGCGCAUGGGCCGCCGCAUGUGCUUCACGGGGAGCAGCUGCCGAGCGGGCGGACAGCGAGUGCGAGAGGCCGCCUCGGAGCAGCCGCGGAGAGCGCCCGAGAUGGGAGAACAGCCCAUAUUCACCACCCGAGCGCACGUCUUCCAGAUUGACCCCAACACCAAGAAGAACUGGGUGCCCGCCAGCAAGCAGGCCGUCACCGUCUCCUACUUCUACGAUGUCAUAAGGAACAGCUAUCGGAUCAUCAGCGUGGAUGGAGCCAAGGUGAUUAUAAACAGCACAAUCACACCCAACAUGACGUUCACCAAAACAUCGCAGAAGUUUGGGCAGUGGGCCGACAGCAGAGCCAACACGGUGUUCGGUUUGGGGUUCUCAUCGGAGCUGCAGCUGACGAAGUUUGCAGAGAAAUUCCAGGAGGUGAAAGAAGCUGCCAAACUAGCCAGAGACAAGUCGCAGGAGAAGAUCGAGACCUCAAGUAAUCAUUCUCAGGCAUCCAGUGUCAACGGGACGGACGACGAGAAGGCCUCUCACGCCAGCCCUGCGGACACCCACCUGAAGUCCGAGAACAACAAGCUGAAGAUCGCCUUGACACAGAGUGCUGCCAACGUGAAGAAAUGGGAGAUCGAGCUGCAGGCCCUGCGGGAGAGCAACGCCCGGCUGACGACGGCGCUGCAGGAGUCCGCCACCAGCGUGGAGCAGUGGAAGAGGCAGUUCUCCAUCUGCCGCGACGAGAACGACCGGCUGCGGCACAGGAUCAACGAGCUGGAGGAGCAGAGCAGCGAGAUAAACAGGGAGAAGGAGAAGAACACCCAGCUGAAGAUUCGCAUCGAGGAGCUGCAAUCGGAGCUCCGAGAAAAGGAGACGGAGUUGAAAGAUCUCCGAAAACAAAGUGAAAUCAUACCUCAGCUCAUGUCCGAGUGUGAAUACGUCUCCGAGAAGUUAGAGGCGGCAGAGAGAGACAAUCAAAACCUGGAGGACAAAGUGCGUGCGCUGAAGUCAGACAUUGAGGAGAGUAAGUAUCGACAGCGCCACCUGAAGGUGGAGUUGAAGAGCUUCCUGGAGGUGCUGGACGGGAAGAUCGACGACCUGCACGACUUCCGCAGGGGCCUCUCCAAGCUGGGCACCGACAACUAGGGCUGGCGAGCCGUGUGGGGGCAGCUGCAGCAAGGGCGACCGCCCGCCCGCCCUGCUCCCGUGAGCGCAGGCGCGGUUGGGCGUGUCUCUCGCUCGUCUCCAGAAGUCUCUGGCUUCUCUGGCCUCUCGAGAUGGUGUGGACGCAGGAAGAUGCUGACUCAGGAACCCAGAACUUGGUCUACCUUAAACGUUCGCGCGGCCAGGGCAGGGAUGUUUCUGUCUUUCCUAGCGGCGUUGCAACCCUACACACUGAAACUAGUUUUCUAAGAUAAAUGUGAAUAUCCUUUACACAUCCUUUUUAGUAACAUUCAGAGUAUGGGAACGUGCACCGGGCGCCCCUGUGGGCUGCGGAGACAGAAAACUCCUCCUCAGUGAGCGUGCGGACGUGGGCAAGCCGCCACUCAGCCGAGGUGUCCGGAGGAAGACGACGAGUUCCCGGUGGGUGCGUCUCCGGGCCCAGGGUCCGCCUGCACCCCCUCUCCCCCCUCGUCCCCCCGCAGUUUGUCAGGUUGCGGCAAUGGGCCUUUUCUUGGUUUUAAUGUCUGAGCAGACUGCUGUGCUGAGGGGACAGCACGCAGUGAGGGUGCCUAGCACAGUGCCUGGCACAAAGUAGGUGCUUUAAUAAAUAUUUGUUCACUUAAACAUC